AUGCAAUUUCCGUCUGGUUAUCAGCAAAAAUAUUUGAAAAGAUCUGCAGAAGAAUUAGAUGGACCCGGAGAAUACGGUGAUACCGGACCCAAGCUUCAAUGCGGCGGAGGAGGUGGAGGUGGUGGGGGAGGAGGCGGAGGCGGGACCGGGACCGGGAGUGGCGGAACACCCGGAAACGCAUCCCGGCCGAAAGAGAGUUUAACGAAAUUUUCAGUUGAAAUAGUGCAACAAUUGGAAUUCACGACUUCUGCGGCCAAUUCUCAACCCCAGCAAAUAUCGACGAAUGUGACGGUUAAAGCCUUAACGAACGCCAGUGUUAAAAGUGAUAUGGGAGGAACGAGUUCGCCCAAAUCGACGGCGGACACACAAAACAAUUCGAAUCCAUCGAAUCAAUCCCAACGGACUUCCAAUUGCGUGGACAUUGGUAAUUUGAUUGAGUGCAAACAAGAACCGGACAGUGAGUUUGUGGAUUUGGAACAGUGUGCCGCGGCUUUGGAAAAAGACGCUCAGAAUAACGGUGCGAGUUUUCCCGGAUUUUCGGAGUUUAUCGGUGACGAAGGCGGCGACGAAAUCAUCACUUCAGAUGCUUUUAAAGAUCUCAUUUCUGAAAUAUCAGAUUUUCAUCCGGAAUUUAUGAAGGAUUUUGAUUUUGACGAGCACAAACCAAAUAUAAACGCUCUGACGCACGGUUUAAACGAAAAUCAAAACGGGGGUCACAAUGUGGUCACAUCGAUCACGACGACAAAUCAAAUGAAAGUCGAAACGGACAGUAAGGAAGGCAUUCAAAUUCAUCAGCAACAUUUGAUUGACGUUAAUAAGAACGCCGGAAACAACAACGUACAAUAUACUACGGGUCAAUACGAUCCGAACGGAAUGGGAAAAUCGAGAAUCCCUUCGUACAGUAGCCUGGAAUUUGGAAAGACGGAACUCAGUCCGGCUGCUCAAACGUUGAAACAAAUGGCGGAACAACACCAGCACAAGACGCAGUUGGGAAUGAGUUUUCCCGGAAAUAGAAAUCCAAGAUCUCCAUACGGUGAUUACCAAUUCAAUUCGAAUAGUGAUUACAUAAACAGUCCGAGUUCGACGAACACUCCUCCAAGUUCGGGACAGUUUAUUAAUAAAAACAUUCCCCCUCCUAGUUCUCAAAAUUUUAGCAAUCAAAGCCAAAGUUCGAAUAAUGCAGGAAAUGGACAGUCGUUACCAGACGUGAAACAAGAAGUGAUGUUUAGUGCAACUCAAACUCAAAACUUUCAGACGGGUAAUAAUAACAUUGAAAUGCAGAAAAGAAUGCAGGCGGCAGCAGCAGCAGCAGCAGCCAUGCACCAGCAGCAAAUGAGCAAUCAAACGCAAAGUCCGCAAGGUCCGAAAACUCCGACUAAUCCGUCGAUGAUGGGAAAUUACAAGCAACAAUACUCGCCGUACGGAAGCCCCGGAGGUCACGGUAGCCCCGGGUACAACAUACCGAGGGGUCAAGGUUCGAGCGGUCCUUUUGUUCCCGGCUCGACGCCUUCGAGACCUCCAUCAGUUCCCGCUAAUUCGGCAACUCUGCAAAUGAGUCAGGCUCAACAGAUGCAAAUCAAUCAGCAGACUUCUGGACAACAAAUUCAGCCGUUUCGAAUUUUUAUAGUUGGCAAACGUGCCGAACGUAUACCGAACGAGAAAUUUUAA